AUGCCAGCAUCAUCUAACAAUAGGCGGGUUUUAACACCGUCCAAACCCUCUGCCGGCGCAAAAUCGCAGUCGCACUCGGUAAAACGAAAUAACACCCUUCUAAAUUUUUUCCAAAAGGCGGACGGGCCGCCGAAAUCAACAACCAAACAAGCUCGCAUUACGCAGUUCACGACGCAGGGGGAGAGGCCUGGUAGUAGGGUUACGGCUCCGCGGCCGCGGCUUUUAAAGAGGGAGGGAAGUUCAAACGCUAGUGGUGGUGGCGACGAGGGAUUAUUCUUGGAGGACAAGAAGAGUCGGGAUGCACGGUUAGGUCAAGAAAAAAAUAUUGAAAGAGAAAGGUCGCGGUCCCCUGAUAUUUGGGGGAGCAGAAGUGGGGAUAAAGAGAAUGAGAAUGCUGGUGCUGCUAGGUCUCUCGAAGAAGGGAUGGAAGAAGGGAUCGACAGGUAUAACGAGAGUGAAAACGCGGUGAAGCGGCGAAAGGUUGAUCUAGAAGCACCUCAUGCAAGGUCUGUCGAAAGGUUGUCUUCGAAGGCUCAGAAGAUCAGCGGCCCUUUCAUUGAUGAGUCGGAUAGUGAAAAUGAAGGGCUGGAGGCUUUCAGAGAGUAUGCCGACGGUGAAGCGGAUGUGGCCCCGGAGAAGGAUGUGAAGGAGUCAGAGGCACAUUCGGACGAAAAUCAAACGGCAGGGAAACGCGAUCUAGCCGCCGACAUAUCACCGCUGGUAAGAGAAGCCACGAGCCAUAUGCAAGAAGAUGAAUAUCCGGAUUUUGACGAUAUAGAAGCGGGCGGAGUUGAAGAUGAAGGCUUAGAUUUUGAGUGCGAAGCAGCUGUCGACGAGGAGACUUUCGGGUUUGAUGCGAAUGAUACGACUGCGGACACUAUACAUGCCGAUGAGAAGCCGACGUGCCCGGUGUGCCAAGGAAGUUUGGAAGGCUUUGAUGAAAUGAAAGUCAUGGCGCACGUCAAUGAUUGCCUUGACGGUAGGCCCAGCGCGAUUUCCCCGAUGCAGGAGAGUCCUAAAGUCAGCACCCCCGAGCAGAAAGCCGUUGCCGCAGAUCGAGCUGCUAUAGCGAAGCCAGCGCAACGUGAUCCUGCCCAAUAUCAAACUUCACGGGCGGGAACAGCAUUCUCCAAAAUCAUGGCGGGAAAUGCUGAAGAUGCCGCUUGGGCCGAGGCAGCCGCAAGUGAUGUUGCGUCUCGGGGUUUCUCAAUAUCAGUCGACGCCUUCCGUUAUGGAGCCGUCGAAUCAUGCAAUGCUUAUUUUCUCAGUCACUUCCACAGCGACCACUACAUAGGCCUCUCGAAAUCAUGGCGCCAUGGCCCGAUAUACUGCAGCAGAGCGACGGCUAAUCUCGUUCGUCAACAACUCAAGGUUGAUCCGAAGUGGGUAGUAGACUUGGAUUUUGAAAAGAAGACAGAGGUGCCUGGGACAGGCGGGGUGCAGGUGACAAUGAUCGAGGCCAAUCAUUGCCCUGGAAGUGCUAUCUUUCUAUUCGAGAAGGCUGUGAGCUCUGGGGCUUCUACGCGGAUCCAACGAGUACUGCACUGCGGUGACUUCCGAGCAUCUCCCCAGCAUGUGCAGCAUGCUCUUUUACGCCCUGACGUGGUUGAUCCGAAGACGGGUAAGAGAUGGCAGCAAAGGAUUGAUGCUUGCUAUCUUGAUACCACUUAUCUAAGUCCGAAGUACGCGUUCCCGAGACAGUCGGACGUCAUUAACGCGUGUGCGGAGCUUUGUGUGCGCAUUGAUCAGGGUCAAUACGACAGUCUUGGCCACAUGCCUUUUCAGACCGCGACUCCCACCACGAAAUCGAAGAACCCGAUAAGCAAAUUCAUGUCGGCUGCCACUGCUGCCGUGAAACCUUCGACUCAACCCGAACCGAAAGGCCGGUUACUUGUCGUCAUUGGAACCUACAGCAUCGGCAAAGAACGAAUAUGCCUCGCAAUAGCCCGAGCUCUCAAGAGCAAAAUCUACGCGACACCGGCUAAGCAACGUGUCUGCGCCUGUUUAGAAGAUCCCGAGUUAUCCGCUUUACUCACCGACGACCCUCUUCAAGCCCAAGUCCAUAUGCAAACGCUCUUUGAGAUCCGCGCCGAAACCCUCUGUGACUACCUCGAUUCCAUGAAACCGCACUUCACCCGCGUCAUUGGAUUCCGACCCACCGGUUGGACUUACCGGCCACCUGCCGGCCGGACUCUCGAAAACCCGCCCGUGUCAACAGUACUCUACUCAUCACAUUGGAAGACACCCUUCUCCGUGCGAGACCUAACUCCACAGCGCGGGAGCACGCGCGAGAGUGCGUGUUUCGGCGUACCCUAUAGCGAGCACAGCUCGUUUCGAGAGUUGACUAUGUUUUGCUGUGCGCUUCGCAUUGGGCGGAUCAUACCCACAGUUAAUGUGGGUAGUCAAAAGAGCAGGGAGCGUAUGAAGGCUUGGUUUGAGAAGUGGGAGGCUGAGAAGAGGAAGAGUGGGCUAUAUAAAGUGGAGGGAGAUGAUUGGUAG